AUGGCUUCAGAAUCAUCCAUCUCGGUUGCAACCAUACCGAACCAUUCACUGCCGAGAAUUAUGAAUGUCAUUCCCAUCGAAACUCCAAUAGUUAUAUCAGGAACAGUCAUUAAAGGAUUUGGAAGAGGUGGUAAAUUAUUAGGAAUUCCAACAGCGAAUUUACCAGCUGAAAAUUUUGAACAUGAAUUAUCUCGAAUUGAAAUGGGUAUUUUGACACUGAUUUUUAUGGAGAAGAAUUACAAAUAUCAAUUUGUGGAUUUAUAA